GGCUUUUUUUUGCAGUCAGUGCAAUACCAUACUUUUUGUUUUUGGGGAUGAAACAGUAAAAAAGUUACUGUUGUUGCUGUAGCUGUUUUUCCACCAUUGCGAGGACAUUUGACAAUUUUUGCAUUAAGCCAAAGUUUCUAAGGUCCGAAGGUCCAAGAUGGAGGAAUCCAAUCACGGUAUGGCUGGCUGUGAAAACGUAUCACAGUUCAUGCUUGAUGACCUACAAUUAGCUGCCGAACUUGGAAAAACUCUAUUAGAACGUAAUAAGGAACUGGAAACAUUUAUAAAGGAGUACAAAAUCAAGGGAGAUGAGCAGGAGCUUGAAAUCUUGCAUCUUCGCAAGCAUAUAAAUGCGAUGACGGAGGUGAAUGAUUCAAGGCUUAAGGUGUACGAGCAGUUGGAGGUGGGUAUUCAAGAUCUCGAACGUGCUAAUCAGCGGCUUAACAUGGAAAAGAAUCGAGAUAAGAAGCAAAUAAAAUCGCUGACAACCAAUACCGAAGUCUUGGAAGCCCGAUGCGAGGAACUCAAUCAACUUUUAGGCGAUGCCCGACAAUCUCUGAGCACCGAACGACGUAAAGUGGAUCAAUAUCAGCAGGAGCGUUAUAGAAUGCAGCAUUCAUCCGAGGGUUCCGUUUCCAGCCAUAGCAUUCAGUCAUUAUGCAAGGAACAGAAUAUGGAUCUAUCCAAGCUGGACGUUAUGGCAAUGGCAAUGGCCAACUCAACGGGUCUGGAGGAGCUCUCCUUUAGUAGUGCCACCAUGUGCGAGACGACCGCUGUGAAGGGUGAAGAUAACGAGGAGUUGGUAAAGCUACUCAGCGAAAUGGAGAUCAUAAAACGUGAUUUUCUGGCAGAACAGCAACGUUGCACCGAAUUGGAGGAACAGUUGGUGACCAUAAUCCAAGACAACCAGGGUCUGCAAAGUCGUCUGCUCGAAAACAGUGCCAACGAGGGAACAAUGUCGAUGCACGAAGAGUUUUCCCUCCUCGACGACGUGAGACAAGGUCAAAUGUGCAGUCGCUGUCUCCGGGAUAUUAACGAAAGUAAUACCAAUAUGGACGAUCAAUCCUCCAUCGCUCCGACCGAAGAAAUCUACGAAGACGACGACCGAAGCAUACAAUCUUGCAGCGAAAACACCUCGAAGUGCGACAGUGCAGUCGAAUAUAAAGAACGUUUUCGAAUUCCCGAUGAUCUUAACCCUAAUGUCAGCGAUAAACCAAAUCCGUAUCGAGACCUAGUCGAAAAAUACGAGGCUUUGGUGGAAGUAAAGAGAACCUCAAAUGCGGCCAAGACCAAUUUUGCUAACAAUUCAGAUGGCAAAACUAUAACUGAAUUAAAUCAAAGCAAAAAAACAGAAAUAGUUGUUAAUAGCUCAAAAGAAUCUGACCUUAUGUUGGACUCAACUCGUAAACGCACUCCAACCGAAUUUUCGGAAUCUGAAACUACAUCUUCGGGAUUCUCGGAUGAAACUAGCAAUAAGUGCACACAAACCGACGAGCGACCUAGUUUCUUCCUUUGCUCAAUUAGUAAUGGAAAUGAUUGUAAAUUUAGUAUUUAUGACGAUGUCAGUCCCAUUGAAUCUCAUUUUCGUAAUCGUCCGGAGUACAGGGAUCUUUUCAAGGAGAUUUUUGGAGUGCUCAAGAAAGCUGCUGAUAAUAACGAAGUAGACAAAUUACCGUCCCUGCAAGACGACGCACAGGUUAUAGAAAAAUUACCAUUGGUCCCGGCAAAAGUACCGCCAGUAACACCCGAAAGGGAGGAAUCUCCAGAUGAAUUCAUCGAUGAUACACAAAGCGUCGUAUCCUCGAUUAUAUCUAAUCAGUCCAUAGCAAUGUCCGAGUGUGUGACCAAGUUGGAACGCAAAACAGCCAAAAAACACAUCUUUGAAGUCCGAAAUCAGCAAUCGGCUCUUACGCAAUCAACACUAAUAAGUAACUCUUCUAAGGAAACGACUGUCGGUGAGGCCACUAUUAAGCCGAUUAAGGAAAAUGGACAGGUACUUACUCCACUCAAACGGGAACCCCUCGAAUAUUUAACAGUAGGUGUCGGAAUCAAAAAGAAGAACCGACGAAAGCACCGAAACCAGAGCGCAUCUGGUGAUCGCAUCGAAAUAUUUAAUUCCCGUGAGUUCACACCCAGAAACAGUCCUCUUGCCAUGAAUAACCGUAGUGGACAAGGAAGCUCAAAGUUGUGUACGGACACAUUGAACACGGAAUUUAGUCGCAGUAAUCGUAGACGGACAACACCUUCUUCAAGCAACUGGAAUGGUUCGCCAAUGGUAAUCUAUAAUAAAAAUAUGAAUACUCCUCAAACUUCUCGUGGACGUGUUAUAGAGCUUAACGGUGUUGAGUUUUAUCAUAACACGGUAUCGCAAGAUUUACAUAAACUCAAAAAACUAGAUCUAUCUUAUGCUGAAGUACUGCGCCGCGUCGAUGCCGGUGAUCAUAUUCCCACAAAAUUACAUUCCCAGCGACUACAACACAACGGAGCCAACAUACGAAAAAAUCAUCAUCAGUAUCGUCAAAAGUAAUCUUGUUUAUAGAAUGUAAAUAAUUAAUUAUACAUUGCAUUCUAGCCAUAGGGCAUUAUAAAAUUUUUUAAAUUGUAUGUGCCAUGAAGUCUAGUCCGCUUUUUAAUGUAUAGACAGUUAAAUUACAAUAACAACUUUACUAUUACCGAAAAUUUAACUGUAUUUCAGCAUGAUAAAAUAAAUUAUUUAAUGACGAAAA